AUGAGCCUCAACUGCUCCAUGUGGCAGGACAACAGCAUGUCCAUCAAACGCUUUGCUUUUGCCAAAUUCUCUGAGGUCCCUGCACAGUGUUUCCUUCUGUUUACUCUAAUCCUACUCAUGUUCUUGGUGUCCUUGAUGGGCAAUGCUCUUAUAGCCCUUGCUAUCUGGACCAACUCCGUCCUGCACACCCCCAUGUAUUUCUUCCUGGCUAAUCUCUCUCUCCUAGAGAUUGGUUACACGUGCUCUGUCAUACCCAAGAUGCUGCAGAGCCUUGUGACAGAGGCUCGAGGAAUCACGCGUGAGGGCUGUGCCACACAGAUGUUUUUCUUCAGCUUAUUUGUAACACUUUUCUAUGGAUCAGGCUCUGUCACCUACCUGAGGCCCAAGGCCAGCCAUUCACCAGGAGUUGAUAAACUCCUAGCCCUUUUCUACACAGUGGUGACCUCCACAUUCAAUCCCAUCAUCUACAGCUUACGGAACAAAGAAGUCAAAGCAGCUCUCCGGAGAACCUUGAGCAAGAGGAAUGUUUUAACCCAUGGAUAG